UUCCGAUUCUGCGCAGUGGAGCCCGCUCCGCCUCAGCUGAGCUUUUUGAGAGUUGUGCGGAAAAAAAACUGAUGAAGUCCAGAAAACUUGUAGCAAAGUAGCGAUUUGAGCAGCGAUGAGUGGACCAGCCGUCGAGAACUCCGUGUCAUCGGGCAAUGCUUCGGUCACGAUCCCUGCUGACAUCAGCGGGCAAAUGUUAGAUCUAGAUGAAGACGAUGACUUGGAAGUUUUCAGUAAGGAUACAACUAUCACAGACGGGAGCUAUUUCAACACCUCCAUGCAGACCUCACCAGCUUCAAUGAUCAACCAGUACAAGUUUGAGGAAGAAGAGGAAGAUGUUAACGCCAAAGAUAUUUUCGUCACAGUUGAUAACCCUGAGAGUCACGUGACUGCUAUUGAGACAUACAUCACCUACCGGGUCAUGACCAAGACCACACGGAGCGAGUUUGACUCUAGUGAGUUUGAGGUGCGAAGACGAUACCAGGACUUCCUGUGGUUAAAGGGACGCCUGGAAGAAGCUCAUCCUACACUCAUUGUUCAUCCUCUGCCAGAGAAGUUUGUGAUGAAGGGAAUGGUGGAGAGGUUUAAUGAAGAUUUCAUAGAGACCAGAAGAAGGGCUCUGCACAGGUUUCUAAACAGAAUAGCAGAACAUCCCAUUUUCUCCAGCACUGAAGACUUUAAGAUCUUUCUCACAGCUGCAUCUGAAGAGCUGAUCUCUCAUAAGAAGCAGGGUCCGGGCUUUCUGAGCAGGAUGGGCGAGACGGUGAAGGCCGUUGCUGCUUCAGUUCGAGGUGUCAGGAACCGGCCGGAGGAGUUUAAUGAUAUGCAGGAGUAUGUGGAGGCCUUCAGCCAGAAGAUCAGCUCACUUGAUAAAGUCACUCAGAGGAUCAUCAGAGAGCAGAGAGAGUACCUGGAGGAGCUGAAGGAGUGCGGGCCCACAUACAAUCUGUGGUCAAACUCCGAGCAGGAUCUGGCUGAACCUCUGAAGAACAUGGCAGACUGUCUGGACAGAUGCUAUAAGGAGUCAGACGAGCAGGUCAAACAGCUGAAUGAUCAGCUCACUCCAGCUCUUCAUGAGUACGUGCUCUGCACAGAGACGCUCAAGGCAGUACUAAGGAGGCGAGACAACAUCCAGGCGGAUUUCGAAGCCAAAACCGAAGCUCUCGCCACCAAGAAGGCCGACAGAGAAGCGGAUUCUAAGGUGCUGAGUUUAGCAUGGGACAGCUUGGUGGGACGAUCCCCUGAGGAGGUCAAACAGCAGAGACAGCAGAAACUUAAGGCAGAGAUUAAGGAGAUGAGAGAUGACCUGGAAAAGUUAGAGGACCGGCUGGAGUGGGCAAAUAAUGCGCUGAAGAUUGACUGGACCCGCUGGAACAAGGUCAUGAGAACUGACCUGCGAUCAGCUUUUGUUGACACAGCGGAGAGGAAUGUCAGCUACUAUGAAAAGUGUUUGGCUAUAUGGGAGUCCUUCCUGCAUUCUCAAAGGACAGAUGCUGAAGCAAAUGGAAAGGACGACUUUUCCUGAUCUCCCAUGGUGCUUUUAGGUGAUUGGGACCACACCAAACAGCUUUUAUUCCAAACCAUACUAAUAAAAUCCUAUUCAGAGACUGAAACACCAAAGAGAGAGAGAGUCAUCCUAAAACAAGCGUUUAGCAACUGACCCACAGAAAUCUGUAAUAGAAGAAUCAUUUCCUCUGUCAAAUUAUACUGCCAAAUCUUUUAUACUGAGACUAGUUUCUAUGAGUUCAAAACUAGAAUAAUAAUAAUAAUCAUAAUAACAACAAUAAUAAUAAUAAUAAUAAUGCGAUUCUCGGAAAGUGAGGAUGCAUACAUUAUUGCAUCAUGUGACCUUUCUGUUGAUGAUUUCAUCCACAUGACGUUUGAGAUUCAUAUGUCCUGGCCUUUUGCAGAUCAAUGCAAAUGCUGUUUACCUCUUUUCAAAGCUGCCUCGCUGCCCAAACCAUUGGAUUAGUGGAUAAACAACAAAUAAAUGCACUCUGAAUGGA